UUUGCGAUAUUUUCCAGCACUUCUUUUCGAUAACCUUGUUAUCACACUUGUCUAUUGACUGAUAUGUUUAUUUUUUGGAUUAUCUUCGAUUUUUGUGAAAACAAUUAGCUAAGAGCAUAUUCGAGGAUAAAAUCUAGUACCAGGAUGCUGAGGCACUGCUUGGCGAAUGUUGACUUUGCCCGGUUACAUGCGCAGCAGCAGCUGCAACCCAAAUGCGGCGAAAUCUUCUAUGAGCAAGAGGCUAACAGUUUCCAGCUCGUGUGUUUGCUUUGCGAAAUGAAGCACUUUGCCUUCGAGGAUUUCGCCCGGCACAUUCGGAACGUGCACUUCGACUCCCAAGGAAGACCGCUCACAGAAAUGGUCACUGCUGUUCGGCAGGAUAACCUGGUCAUUACCAAGACAGAGAUGCAGGUUGAAUAUCUGUCCGGUGGCGAGGAAGAACCUGAUCUGGAAGAGAGCAGUCCUCUGCGUGUAAUGGUCGUAGAGGAAAACCAGUCAGAGGAGGAUGAAGACACUUCCCAUGUGCUUUGGGAGCAAGUGGAAAGGCUCUCGCCCCACUCUGAAAGUAUGUCUAGCAAUUUGGAUGAUGAAAAUAUCUCCAGUUAUUCUUUUGAGAAAUCACACGGAGAGGAGGAGGACCUACCGCAGUCGGUUUUUAAGAAAAUGAAGCAGCGCCAACCAAAGGAUUACAAUUGCUCACACUGCAAUCGUAAGUACACAACCCAAAAGUACCUGAAUACCCACCUCCGGAUGAGCCAUCCGCACCCACAGGCUUUCAAAUGCGAUGUUUGCGGGGCCACUUUUGACGUGGACCGGGCUCUGGAGCAACACCGACGUAAGGAGCACACAGAAUUCGAGUGUAAAAUAUGCGCCAAAGUCUUUAAGAGCUCUCGCUCCCUUCUCCGUCACGUACAGGGUCAUUCGGGGAUUCGACAGUUUAAAUGCGAUUAUGAAAACUGCGGCAAGGCCUUCGUGAAUCAACACAAUCUCAACUCCCAUCGGCGCGUCCACAGCGAUGAGCGAAACUUCGUGUGCGAACUGUGUGGCUAUAGAUCCCGGUAUCGGGAGGCACUGAUAGUCCAUCGACGGACGCAUACAGGCGAAAAGCCUUUUGCGUGCCAGACCUGCUCCCGUUGCUUUGCCUCCAAGUCACUGCUGAACGAGCACCAGGCCAUGCACUCGACGGAUAAACCCUAUAAGUGCGACAAGUGCGAGGCAGCCUUCUCACGCCCCAAGGCUCUUUACCACCACAAGCACCUGCAUCUGGGAAUCAAGAAGUUCAAGUGCAAAGUCUGCGGAAACGCAUAUGCUCAGGCCGCCGGUCUCUCCGCUCACAUGCGAGCCCACAGGCUGCAAGCCCAAAAUACAGUCGAGUUGAGCCGCGAGGCGGGUUCCGUGGAGAUGCUUUUCACUUUCUGAAAUUUUCCAUUUCCCCCUCUUAUUCGCAAAAGUUUGUACAUUUGUGCCAAGAAUCUUAAGAGCAGGUUAGUAUUUAAGGAUAGGCAAGACUUACAUCAGUAUGGUUUAAAAAUCUGAAACUAUUUGUAAAAACACAAACAUUUAAAUUUAAAAGAAAUAACUAAGCUUCCGAUGCAAUUUAAAUAUAAACUUCCUACAGAAUACAAUGCAAUUUAAAUAUACAUUUUCU